AGUUUAACCAGACCAUCCUUGGACAGCUCGGCCACAAAUGGUCCUCCACCCUGGCGGCUCCGACCCGCGACCACCACGCCAAGCCGGAUUGCGCGCUGCGGUCCUGCCGGGAAACAGAAACAGAAGAUGAUCUGGACCCAGCAGAAGCCGUGGAGAUAGGCCUGGCAUCAGAGGUCGCUCUUCAUAUUAAUCGCUGUCUCUCACCACCAACUCUGGGACAAGCAUCCGGAGCCUCGUGGACCGUUUGACCCCCCUCCCCGUCCAGCUACUCCCACCCUGCGGUCCUGCAGUGUGGAUUUGACAGACUCCCUCCUCCCUUCUUCAAAUUCAGUCCACAGGGAUAAAUGAGUGAACCGGCUGCGAGGGAAAGGGCUGGGACAUGUACCAGAACCCCAACAGAAUGUCCUGGUUCAGUGGUUUCCUAGUUGCCAGAGUGGACGACCACAAGACUGCUUGGGGGGAGCGCAAUGGCAAGAAGUCCAAACGGAAGGGAGGCUCAUCACUCUGCAACCCGCGUUACAUGAGCUGCCUGCGGGACCCGGAUGCUAUGGAGCCCCCUUCCGGAGCCCCCCUCCAUCAGCAUCACCGUGGAGGGGUGGCCGGCGCCGUGGGAGGCGGGGGCAACUUUGGCGUCCGUUGCGGAUGGCAGGAGGACCACUACGGCAAACGGGGAGGGGCCCCCGGGGAAGGGGUCGGGCUGAAAUCGGUCAACCUGGGCUUCGAGGACGGCGAGUUGAAAGGCAGGAAAGGGGGAUGCAACGGAGGAAGCGGCGACAUGGGCGACGAGGGUCCCAACGGCGCAGCGGGGGUGGUGACGGCUGCGGACUGCUGGCUCAGGGUGGUGCGAGUAUUUCAGUCGAAAAAAUUCCAGUCUCGCAAACUGGAGCGCCUGUACCAGCGUUACUUCUUUAGGCUGAACCAGAGCUCUUUGACCAUGCUCAUGGGGGUACUGGUGAUCGUGUGCGGCAUCAUGCUGACCUUCCACUGUGUCCACGCCGCCCCUCACGUGGCCUACUCGUCCGCUCUGUCAGUGGCGAUGGCGCUUUUCAUGGCUCUUAUGGUGGUGUGCAACCGCAACGGCUUCCACCAGGACUACAUGUGGAUGGUCAGCUACCUGGUGAUCGGAGUCUUGGUGUCGGUCCAGGUGUUCGGGGUGCUCAUGGUGGCGCCGAGGAGCGCCUCCGAGGGCAUCUGGUGGUCCGUGUUCUUCAUCUACAUCAUUUACACAUUGCUGCCUGUGCGGAUGAGGGCGGCAGUGCUGAGUGGAGCCGUGCUGUCCAUCAUACAUGUGAUCACCACCUGGCAGAUCAACCAGGAAGACCAGUUCCUCUGGAAACAGGUGAGCGCUAACGUCCUGAUCUUCCUUUGCACCAACAUCAUCGGCAUCUGUACGCACUACCCCGCUGAAGUUUCCCAGAGACAAGCCUUCCAGGAGACCAGAGGAUACAUCCAAGCCAGACUGCAUCUACAGAGAGAGAAUCAGCAACAGGAACGGCUGUUACUUUCAGUGUUGCCAAGGCAUGUUGCCAUGGAAAUGAAGGCUGACAUCAAUGCCAAGAAGGAAGACAUGAUGUUUCAUAAGAUCUAUAUCCAGAAACACGACAAUGUCAGUAUUCUGUUUGCGGACAUCGAGGGUUUCACCAGCCUGGCAUCUCAGUGCACAGCUCAGGAGCUGGUCAUGACGCUCAACGAACUCUUCGCCCGGUUUGACAAGCUGGCGUCGGAGAACCACUGCCUCCGCAUCAAAAUCUUGGGAGAUUGUUACUACUGCGUGUCGGGGCUGCCGGAGCCGCGGGCCGACCACGCCCACUGCUGCGUGGAGAUGGGCGUGGACAUGAUCGAAGCCAUCUCGUUGGUGCGUGAGGUCACGGGGGUCAAUGUGAACAUGCGCGUGGGGAUUCACAGCGGGCGCGUGCACUGCGGCGUGCUGGGACUCAGGAAGUGGCAGUUUGACGUGUGGUCAAACGACGUCACGCUAGCCAAUCACAUGGAGGCGGGAGGCAAAGCUGGGCGGAUUCACAUCACCAAGGCCACCCUGCAGUAUCUGAACGGGGACUACGAGGUGGAGCCGGGCUUCGGCGGGGAGAGGAACGCGUACCUGAAGGAGAACAGUAUCGAGACCUUCCUGGUCCUGGGCUGCAGCCAGAAACGGAAGGAGGAGAAGGCGAUGAUGGCGAAGAUGCAGCGGACGAGAGCCAAUUCGAACGAGGGGCUGAUGCCACGCUGGGUCCCCGACAGAACGUUCUCCAGAACCAAAGACUCUAAAGUCUUCAGACAAAUGGGGAUUGAUGAGAGCUCCAGCAAAGACAACCGGGGAGUUCAGGAGGCCAUGAACCCAGAGGACGAGGUGGACGAGUUUCUGGGACGGGCCAUCGAUGCUCGCAGCAUUGACCAGCUCAGAAAAGACCACGUUAAGAAGUUCCUGCUCACCUUUCAGACGUCCAGCCUGGAGAAAAAGUAUUCCAAGAAGGUGGACGACCGUUUUGGAGGCUAUGUUGCCUGCACUCUGCUAGUAUUCUGCUUCAUAUCCUUCAUACAGAUUGUUAUCUUUCCACACACCCCAGUCAUGCUGGGAAUCUACAUCAGUAUCUUCAUCAUUCUCGCCAACAUCCUCUUCAUCUGUGCCAUAUAUUCCUGCAUUAAGCUCUUUCCUGGUGCGAUGCAGACUGUUUCGAAGAAGAUUGUCCAGUCUCGCACCAACAGCACCCUGGUCGGAGUUUUCUCCAUCAUCCUCGUCUUCAUCUCUGCCUUUGUUAAUAUGUUUGCCUGCGACACCACGAGCUUGCUGGACUGCGUCGCCGAGAAGCUGAACACCUCCGCGCGCCUGGUGACGCCCUGUCUGAUCCGCAGCCUGAAUGUGUCCGCGGAGGGGGGUCUGGAGAUCUGCCCCAGCCAAGGCCCCUCCUGCCCCUUUCCAGAGUAUUUCAGCUACAGCGUGCUGCUGACGCUGCUGGCCUGCUCCGUGUUCCUGCAGAUCAGCAGCAUAGGGAAGCUGGCCCUCAUGCUGCUCAUUCAGCUCACCUUCCUGCUGCUGGUGGAGUGGCCACAGGUGGCGCUGUUCGACAACGCCGACCUCUUUGUCACCUCCAAUGCCAUUGAUUUAAAUGAAACCAGUGCUCAGUGGUCCAGUUUCAAUGAAACUACAAACCAGUGUCCUUUUGUUGUGACCAAAGUGUCUCUGAGGGUCAUGACCCCAGUGAUCCUCACAGUCUUUGUCCUGGCACUGUACCUGCACGCCCAGCAGGUUGAAUCUACUGCACGCCUUGACUUCCUCUGGAAACUCCAGGCCACAGAGGAGAAGGAGGAGAUGGAGGAACUACAAGCCUACAACCGCCGCCUUCUACAUAACAUCCUGCCGAAAGAUGUCGCCGCUCACUUCUUGGCUCGAGAGCGGCGCAACGACGAGCUGUACUACCAGUCCUGCGAGUGCGUGGCCGUCAUGUUCGCCUCCAUCAGCAACUUCUCCGAGUUCUACGUGGAACUGGAGGCCAACAACGAAGGGGUGGAGUGUCUGCGGCUGCUGAACGAGAUCAUCGCCGACUUCGACGAGAUCAUCAGCGAAGAGAAGUUCAGGCAGCUGGAGAAGAUCAAGACCAUCGGCUCCACCUACAUGGCGGCGUCGGGCCUCAACGACUCCACCUACGACAAAGAGGGCCGGAGCCACAUCACUGCGCUCGCCGACUACGCCAUGAGACUGAGAGAGCAGAUGAAAUACAUCAACGAGCAUUCCUUCAACAACUUUCAGAUGAAGAUCGGCCUGAACAUCGGGCCCGUGGUCGCGGGGGUGAUUGGAGCGCGAAAGCCGCAGUACGACAUCUGGGGAAACACAGUCAACGUGGCCAGUCGCAUGGACAGCACAGGCGUACCUGACCGCAUACAGGUGACCACGGACUUACAUCAGGUGCUCGUAAGCAAAGGGUACGUGCUGGAGUGUCGCGGGGUCGUCAAGGUCAAAGGCAAAGGGGAGAUGACGACCUACUUCCUGAACGACGGCCCGCCCAACAGUUAGCGGCCGCGGCGGCCCGCGGACACUGAGACGACCCCUCGCGGCGGGGACGCGGCAGCACUGAGCGGGGACUCGCAGCGCGCGAGCAGACAGCGACGGACUAGAGACGCCAUCACUUGAAUCCCAAGCAAAGAGGAAGCAGGAACUUUUAGAGACUCCGCGAGGAAAAAAAAAGAAGUGUUCUUGACGAGAGGAAGAUGUUCUCGGUUCGACGGCCACUUUUGGCGCACGUACAUGUUGAAGGACACGUGUUUUUCUCAUGUCUAGCCUCUCUCUCAGGCUUCUUGAAAGAUGCAAAGUCUGUUUAUUUAAAACAACGCCUUUUAGCCUGUGUCAAAACAAGAUUAUCGCUGUACAUAAGGCUACUUUUUAUUUUACUUUUUCUUUUAUUUUCUUUCAGUUUUUUGUUUUUUUUUUUUAAAUAUAUGUUUUAUUUCCACAUGACUUAUGAACAGGUACUCAUGUUUCGUUUAUGCAUUAAUUAUUUAUUUCGAUCUCGAUGUUUUGUGCAAAAGGUCCUUUAUGAAAAAGUGUGAAUACAUACGUGCACAAAUAUCCAGUUUAUUACACGUCCAUAAGUGUGUAUGUACAUGCAUAUUUGUGUGUGUAUGAAUAUAUGUAUAAAAUGAGGAGGAAUAUAUUGACCAAAGACUAAAGUAUUUACUAAAAGCAAGGCAAGACAUGUUGAUAUGUUCUCGCUAAAGUCAGCAACGAUCGCCACCUGUUUUGUUUUUUGUUUGUUUUGUUUUUGUUUUUUCAGACAGAAGCGAUCUGUCUUUUGCCUGACAGCCGGCAGCGAAGGCUGCUCCGUCAUUUUCAUACAAUGUGUACAAUUAAUUUAUUCAAGUCUGUCAAUCAGGCAGCAAAAAAGCAGAUCAUUAAAUCAUAAUAUUGCUCUCAAUCAUAAACCUGAAUGGGAGAUGGGUGAAGACGGGUUGUUAUUAGGUGGUGGAAGCUGAAGUUUUUUUCAGUGAGCAGUAGAGGCCGACGCAGCAGCGACCGGGCUUCUAGUUGAGCACCAGAUUGGUUCGUUGGAGCUUGAGCAGCCAGUGAAGCGCUGGGUUUUAGCCGUAACAGUAUGUUGUCCCUUUCAGAGAGGUUUAUUUUUAUUUUUCUUCUCAUUUUGGUACAGAUGGGGAUGAAGGAACUUGGGUAAUCGAGUCGCUCCAGAGCCCUCAGCAGGGGCGGGGACCUCGGGAUUUAAUGCAGCCUGAUUCUUCUAUGAAGAAGAAAUAGAUGAAGGAAAAGAAAUAUAUAUUGAUUUUGACUGAAUACUGUGCUUUGUAAUCCUGAAGGGGCAUAACUAUUUUCACUGUGAGGUUUUUAUGAUACAGCAAAACUGCUUUCUUGCCAAACAUUAACCGCUUUGAAGCAUGUCUGAUUGUGGUAUCUUGUUUUUUUUUUGUUUGUUUUUUUUUUUUAAUUUCGUUUCGAUGUAGGGUAUUUUGUAUCACUUCUGUAUCCAUCAUUUGUAUAUUCUUAAUGUUGUUAUUAUUAUUAUUACGGAUUAUGAUGAUUCUGGUUAAUUAUUACAUUUAAUAUUGACGAUUCCAUUCCAACGAAACGGAUCAACGACCAGCACGCUCCCUCGUGGAACGCCAGUCGUCAAAGCUCAAGCUCACUGGUACCAACUGAUCAACUGCAGCCGGUGAACCCUGCUGUCCAGUCCUGACGUACACUUCAGUAUUCCAGCUGGCCAUAGGUGUGAUCAUGUAUAGUCAGUAAUAACCGUCGGCUGCCUUCGCAGCAGAGCCCAAGUGGUGUAUGCUCACAUACGCAUAGCAGUAAACACACACACACACACACACACACACAUAUACAGAUGAUUCACUGUGCUUUUUGUUCUGUUUUUGUUAUUUAUGCCACUACUGCAGUAUUGUAAAUCCGGGUCGGGCUUCACGGUGACCUCUCCACAUUAAACUUCUCAGCGGUAACAAACGUCAUCCCUGGCUGGUGUGAAGACGAUGAGGCAGAUCUAGUAGGCCUAUCCAGUUUUUUUUUUCUUUCCUUUUCUUUCUUGUACGACUCCCCACUUCCCUCCUCACUCAAUGUUUCAGCAAAAAGUGGAAGUACUGAUAGCUGAUUGCCUUAAGUUAAUAGAAAAUAAAUCAUAGAGAACACUAAACAGGAGGUGUGCCUGCUCGCCCUGCCUGGACUGCUGACGCUCAGAGGGAGAGAAAGGGAUAAGGGCUUGUCCACAAUAAU